AUGUUGCAUUUGCUGAAAUUCAACCAAGACUUGAAAUUUUUCCAAAGCAAGAAGUACAACGUAAACCAGUUGGAAAGUCUCUAAUUUUAACAUGCAAACCCAUGGUACCAGAUCCGAAUUUAGUGUCAGAUUUACAAUGGAAAGAUAAUUUAAAUAACACAAUCUUACCAAAACCGAACAAAGUCUAUUAUCCACUGUAUGAUUCCAGAGGAGUUAGAUUACCUCAAGUUACUGGCCGCAAUCAACCGCCGAUGUAUACGGAAACAUUGCCUGGCGAAAGUUUGGCACUCAUGAUUUCAGCACUCUCGGUCGAAAUGGAAGGAAAAUACUACUGCACCGCAUCCUAUGCGAACACAGAAUUACUCGAAACGAGCGUUAUAAUUAAAACUUAUGUUGCAAUAACAUGGACGAAUGCACCAGAGAGUCAAUAUCCGAUUUUGGGUGAAGACUACAUUGUUAAAUGCGAAGUUAAAGCAGACCCUAAUCCCACAAUUGAUUGGUUGCGAAACGGUGAUCCUGUGCGCUCUGGUGAUAAAUAUGUCGUGCAAACACAUGGUUUACUCAUACGUAAUGUACAAGAAUCCGAUGAUGGUACUUAUACCUGUCGUGCUGCUGUUAUUGAAACUGGUGAACUUUUGGAACGCACAAUACGCGUCGAGGUCUAUAUACGCCCAGUUAUCACUUACCUACCAAACACACUUGAAGCUGUCGAAGGAAAAUCAUUCGCAACAAACUGCACAGCAACUGGCAAGCCAGUACCAGAAAUCUCUUGGAUUAAAGAUGCAGCACAACAAAAUGUAGCCACAGCAGAUCGCUUCCAAGUAAAUGCACUCACAGGCUUACUCAAUAUAAACUCAGUUAGUCAGGAUGAUUAUGGCACCUAUACAUGCAUAGCCAAAAAUGAUGCCGGUGUUGUAGAUCAAAAAACAAAAUUGAAUGUCUUAGUGCGUCCACAAGUUUACGAAUUAUACAAUGUCACCGGUGUGAGUCAAAAAGAAGUUGCCAUAACUUGUCGCUCUAAGGGACGUCCUGCACCAGCUAUUACAUUCCGUCGUUGGGGAUCUGAAGAGGAAUACGCACCUGGGACACAAGUUGAUGAUGAACGUAUUAUACUCGAACAGCAUUUUGAUGAAGAGCGUGGCGAGAGUACUGGUACUUUACGUAUAGCACGUGCUAUGCGCACUGAUGAUGGACUUUACCAAUGUAUAGCACGUAACAAAGGUGAUACUGCUUAUAAGACUGGUCAUAUUACGAUCGAAUUCCCACCAGAUUUUACGCAUAUGAAAGAAUUGCCACCAGUAUUCAGUUGGGAGGAACGUAAAGCUAAUCUAAGUUGUCUUGCUAUGGGUAUACCAAAUGCUACCAUUGAAUGGCGUUGGAAUGGUCGUCCCAUCAAGGAUGCAUACGAUAAGAAUUUAGUUAUUGUUGGUACUGGACCACGUAGUGAUUUAAUUGUACAUCCUGUAGCACGUCACUAUUACUCGGUUUACAAAUGCAUUGCCACCAACAUACACGGUACAGCUGAACAGGAUAUACAAUUAAAAGAAGCACGCAUUCCUGGCUUUGUUGAAGCAGCUACACCACGUCAAAUAACAGCUACCACUAUUACUUUCGACAUACGUGGCCCACCUACAGAAAUCGGUUUACCCAUCAUUGCUUAUAAUGUACAAUUUAAAGAGGCUUUAAAUCCAGAUUGGUCUACAGCUUUUAACCGUAGCUGGUCACCAGAUUCACCCUAUAUUGUUGAAGGACUGAAACCACAAACUAUGUAUAAUUUCCGUUUCGCCGCACGUAAUCUAGUGGGUCUUGGUAAUUGGGGCGUUAAUUUGCAGCAAUCAACACCCAGACGUUCAGCACCCGAAGAACCUAAGCCAUUGCAUUCGCCAGUACAAAAUGACAAAGAAGAACCUGUUAUUGUAUCACCAUACUCAGAUCACUUUGAAUUACGAUGGAGUGUACCCGCUGACAAUGGUGAACCAAUAGAUUUCUAUCAGGUCAAAUAUUGUCCGGGUGUCAAAAUUGCUGGUGAAUGGACUGAAUUCGAAAAUCAAUGCAUGACUGUUGAUGUUGCUGAGACAACCACAUUCGAGAUGUCUCGUUUAAGUGGCAACACCUAUUAUCACAUCGAUCUGAGAGCACAUAAUGCCAUUGGUUUCUCAUCGCCUGCAUCAAUUAUUAUGAAGACGACACGAGGUGUUGAUGUCAUUCAAAUGGCCAAAAGACAAGUGCUUUCUUCAGCAGCAAUUGUAGGCAUUGCAGUGGGUGGAGUACUACUUCUGCUCUUCAUAAUCGAUUUGCUCUGCUGCAUGACAGUGCGUAUGGGUGUUAUGGCCACAAUGUGUCGACGAGCGAAGCGAUCACCAUCAGAAAUUGAUGAUGAAGCCAGAUUGGGCAGUGGGCAGUUAGUUAAGGAGCCACCACCAUCACCGCUACCACUACCACCACCAGUUAAGCUUGGUGGAUCACCAAUGACAUCGCCAUUAGAUGAGAAACAACCUCUGCAAACACCGACUGGCAGCAUAAAACAGAAUUCGACAGUGGAAUUCGAUGGAAAAUUUGUGCACUCACGCAGCGGUGAAAUAAUUGGCAAGAAUUCGGCAGUGUGAAUGGAAUUCUAAAAAGCUCCCAUCAACGCCAGAAUCCUGUGAAGGCAUUUAGAGUGGAAAAACGUAUUUAAAGUUAAAUUAUAGAAAAAACCGACUUAAAUAAAAAAUAGAAAAAUAGACAAAAACUAAAGCGAACAAAAUGAAGAAAAUUAAAUAUAAAAGCAAAAAAAAACAUUCAACAAAUCCACAUAAAUUUAAUGGUUUUAGACUAAGACGAACCCUCUCCAUAUGCGUUCCGAUGAAAGUACUAGAAAUAAAAUUUAUUAAAAGUCCAAAAUAGAGAAGAAAAGAAUAAUA